AUGUCUAAUACAUCUCCUUCACUUUUACUUUAUGAAGAAAAUAAUGUAUUCAAUGCCUCAUCAGACGAAACAAAUCUAGACGAAACUGUGGACGUUUCCACUUCAUCAAAUACAGCAAAUUCAACAAUAAUAACUACUUCAAUCACCACUAAUACUAACACUGAUGAAACAACAACAUCAAACCAGAAUCAGCAACCUAAAAAACAAAAAACAAGAAAACCACAAGAGAAUGAGUAUUCCGAAUUGAGUGGUUAUGAAUGGAAACACCUCUUCUUAUAUUCGUGUACUAAUGGAGAUUUGCUAUUAUUCAAACAAUUAAUAGAUGUUCUCGAUAAAAAACUUGGGAAUAGUCAUGAACAAGAUUUCAACAACAAGGAUUUCAACUUUUUCGAUAUCAAUGUGAGAGAUGAGAGGAGGGCAACUGCUCUACAUAAGGCAUGUGCUUAUGGACACAUUUGCAUUACGAGGGAGCUACUGCUGAGGAGUGAUGUAGACAAAUAUUGUGUAGAUGCUUCUCUGGCCACACCAUUCCAUUAUGCAGCUGCUAGUGGUAAUGUUUUAGUUGUCAAUUUACUCUUCUCCCAAGCAAAAGAGAGCUUGGAUAGUAGGGAUAUCUUUGGAAAUACUCCUCUCUUAUUAGCAAUGCAAAAUGGUAGACUUGAGGUUGUGAGGUUCUUGUUGGGAAUAUUGCCAACUAAUUCAAUACGGACGAAGAAGUCGACAAAUUCCAGAAGUUUACUGCAUUUAGCUGCUUCCAACUAUGAUAUUGAAGGAAUGAAACUUUUACUCCUGGAAAGAAAUGAAUUAAUCAAAGAGAGAAAUAAGAAAAAGUCAAAAACAGAAGAAGUUGAUGAAUCAGAUCAUGAUUUGGAUGAAUUAAUGUACAGAGAAUGUUUGCAAGAUAUGUGCUGUACAUCAAUGUCACCAGAGCAAGAAACUAGUUCAAUAUUAACUGGAGACACUUCCAAUAUGGAAUUAAGAUUGAGUGCUCAUGGAAAAGUUCUUAUUCAAGCAAAGGAAGAAAAUGGUUUGACACCACUCAUGUUAGCCAUCAAGGAAUAUCGAUCAACAGUAUCCAAAACACCAGCUGAAAAGCAAGUAUGCUUGAUGUACUUGCUGAUGGCAGAGAUUUCAUCUCAAAACUCAUCUGGUAGUAAUCAUGCCCCAAUUGACUCAAUGAAGAGAACCACUCUUCAUAUUGCUGCAGUCCAUGAUUGUGCAGACUUUUUCAGAUUGAUUGCUCUCAUGUUUGAUACAGAAUUUUAUAUGGAGCAAUUAAUGAUGAAAGACAAUACUGGUCUCACCCCUUUACACUUGGCAUGCAAACAAGGUUCAAUCAAUGUUGUAGAAACAAUUAUAUUAAUGUGCUCAAAUGCCAUUCCUCAAAAAGAACAAAACAAGAUUACCUCUCCUCCUUCUCCUCUGACUUCAAUUUCAUGUGCCACAACCACUACUUCCAUUCCAAUCACUAUCAAACAACCAAGGAAUGGAGAUUCAUACAAUUCUAUUCUAAUUAAAUCACCGCCCUCAUCUCCCUCAUUUAACACUCCAAUAAUUCAAAUUCAGAACCUCAUUCCAAACACACCAACCUCUCUCAAAGUUUUGAAUUCUGCCGAUACCAAGAAUAGACCUCCAAUUUUCUAUGCUGCUUUUGCACUCGCUAAGCAUUGUAAAAAAGAAGCCAAAGAGAUGCCUGUUCAAUCUCUUGAUUCUGCCAACCAAAGUUCUACAAGCACUUCCUCCAUUCACAUUCUUGGUGUUAGAGGAGAGAAGGAUACGUUCCAAAAGAUUAUUUUCAAUUUAAUUUCAACUGGAUUAGUAUCUCUGCAUCCUUUACCUAAUUCUCCACACUCCACACCAGCUUCUCCUUCUAAGAAUUCUAACACGACAAACCCACCAACCACUCCCUCAUCUACUUUUGAUUUGUUGUGUAAUGAGACUGAUUACUUUGAAAAGUUUCCUCAACAUUUCAGAGUUUGCUCUCCAACAGGUAACAAAUCAAAACGCAAUUUUGACGAUUUCUACUCGAAUCCACUUCACUCACCGAGUCAAAUUCACACAAGAACUGCUCGUUCAAUGUCAAGUUCUGGUUUUUCUCUUCGUAAAUCAUUUGGAUUAUUUCAAAGCAGUAGCUUGGCCGAAGAUGUUGAUGUUCGACCACCAACUAGUCCAAGUAAACGUAAUUUACAAUAA